AGUCAGGAUCAGAUUUCCGAGGCUGCUACAACCUCGAAUGUGGUACUUGCAGGCAAACGCCAGCACCCCCCUCGUGGAUCGCGAGCUACCGAGACAGGAGAGUCUUUUCUUCGGCUCCCCAGCCAAAGCCGGGCGGUUUCGCCUGGCCAGGACCAGGGCUCAGAGGAUGCUGCAAGCUUGGAUGCAGGAUCCGCAGGCAGAUGCCGGCGCCGCACUCGUGGAUUGAGUUCAAGCGUGGCAGGAGAGUCUUUUCUUCGGCUUCCCAGCCUACACCCGGUGGCUCCGCCUGCCCAGGACCAAGCAUCCUCUGAUGCUUCAGGCUCGGAGGCGGGAUCCGCAGGCAGAAGCCGGCGCCCCACUCGCGGAGUGGGAGCGAUCAUGGCAGUAUCCUCGCAAUUGGUCAGUCGCAAUGCAGAGGCGGGGCCUGAUUCCUGCAUCUGGGCCUUGGGGACACCAUCAAAGCCAGAGAAGCUGCAUCUGGGGGCGAUGGCCGUGCCAAGCCUUGGGCCCCCCGAGGUAGGUGCGGACGGGGACAAGGGAGGGAAGGGUAAGUGAGCAAGUCCCGCCUUCCUCUUGGCCAGAGGUGCGGACACGCCCCCAUCUCAUCUAGGGAGGGACUUGUGCUAGGGGAAGACCAGGACACAUCCCACAUGGUAUGAAAUCCUGGCCUCCUCCGCAGAUAUUGGAUACAGGGCAAUUUCCUCAGUGAGCCGAGGGAGUGGAGGGAGCCGAGGCGGCUUCUUUUGGCGCCUCCGGGAGAAGCACAAUCGAGUUGGCCUGUUUGAGAUCGGUCCAGGACAUGAGCUGCAUAGAAUAACACGCAUGAUGCAGGAAGGGCUGUGGGCUGCCAUCCAGGUCUCCAUGGACAACCCACCCACGGGACCUCCCACCCAGAAGGAUUACUCGGAAGUCAUGACCCAGUUUCACGAAGAGGGCUUCGAGCUGGGCACCCUGGCCGGUCCAGCUUUUGCACGUCUGAGGCAAUCCUUAGGCCUGACGGAGGAGGACUAUCAGGCUACUCUGGGCCCUGGUGGCCCCUACCUUCAGUUCCUCAGCACCUCCAAGAGCAAGGCCAGCUUCUUCUUGUCCCACGACCAGCGCUUCUUCCUGAAGACCCAGCGGCGCAAGGAAGUGCAGGUGCUGCUUGCCCACCUGUCCCGUUACAUGCAGCACCUGCGGCAGCACCCACACUCACUGCUGGCACGGUUGCUGGGAGUGCACAGUCUGCGGGUGGCUCAGGGAAGAAAGAAGUACUUCAUCAUCAUGCAGAGCGUCUUCUACCCUGCCAGCCGCAUCUCAGAGAGGUAUGACAUCAAGGCCUGUGAGAUAAGCCGCUGGGUGGAACCAGCCCCUGAGGGCAGCCCCCUUCUCUUGGUGCUGAAAGACCUCAACUUUCAGGGAAAAACCAUAAAACUGGGGCCCCAGCGGAGCUGGUUCCUCCGCCAGAUGGAACUGGACACCGCCUUCCUACAGGAGCUCAAUAUCCUGGAUUACAGUCUCCUGGUGGCCAUUCAGCUUCUCCACCAGGAUGAAAAGGACCGCUACAGCUGCCUCAUUUUCCGCACGAUCAGGUCCGUUUACGGUUUACCCAACCCUGGAGAGUCGGAGGGUCAGAACCGCCGGCUACUGCCGGACAUCCCCAAUGCGCUCCAUACCUUGGAUGGGCCAGAGCAUCGCUAUUUUCUGGGCUUGGUGGAUCUGACCACCGUCUAUGGGCUUCGCAAACGGCUAGAGCAGCUGUGGAAGACGAUGCGCUAUCGAGGCCAGAGCUUCUCCACCGUCAGCCCGGCUCGCUAUGCUCGUCGCCUCUGUCAGUGGGCGGAGGCGCACACCGAAUGACUCGACCCCCCGUCUGGUCUGCGUUCUCCCCAACUAGACAAUGCGCCCGCAACAAUUUUCCAGCAGUACCCGGGGAGCUAACCUGUAGUUCCACUUAUCAGCCACAGGAGGACAGCACCCCCUAACUAAUGCUGUAACUACUCAGCUCCAUUUGGUGAUGGUACUGGGCCCUGCAUAGAGCAGGGACACCCCGCACUUUAGCUCAUUUACUAUUAAAAAUGUUGAUAUUCUCUUUUUACAGACCGCGAAAUGAAGGCUCACGGCAUGAAGGGGGUGAGCGGGCACACUUACUAAUAAACGCUGGAAGCAGCUUGC